UAAGAGGGAAGCGAUGGGGGGCGCCGACGACGACGGUGGCCAGCGACAUCCCCUUCGCCCCUCCUCGCCUCCAAGCCCUAACCCUAAUUCUGCUCCAUGGCGGUAUCCACCUCUUCGAUCCACUCCACUCUCCGUUCCUCCCCCAAGCUCCCCGCCGCCACCCGCCUCCCCGGGUCGGUCUCCGGCCACCGCGCCGUCCUCUCCCUCCGCCGUGGCGACCUCGACCUCCCCAUCCUCGCUUCGUCGUCGAUCUCCCUGCGGUCCGCUGGGAAUCGCUCGAGGAUCUCCGCGAUCGCCUCUCCGGUGACGGAGGGGACGACGCGGACGGCGGAUUCGAAGGUGUCCACGAUCGUGGAGGUCGAUCUUGGCAACCGGAGCUACCCGAUCUACAUAGGCUCCGGCCUGCUCGACGAACCCGAUCUUCUCCAGAGGCAUGUACAUGGAAAGAGGGUUCUGGUGGUAACUAACACCACGAUUGCGCCACUGUACCUUGACAAAGUUAUCAAAGCAUUGACUCAUGGGAAUUCCAAAAUUUCCGUUGAGAGUGUGAUCUUACCUGACGGGGAAGCUUAUAAGAACAUGGAAACAUUGAUGAAAGUCUUUGAUAAGGCGAUAGAGUCCAGGAUGGAUCGGCGUUGUACCUUUGUGGCACUGGGUGGUGGAGUCAUCGGCGAUAUGUGUGGUUUUGCUGCCGCUGCCUUUCUUCGUGGGGUUAAUUUCAUUCAGAUUCCAACUACUCUAAUGGCUCAGGUGGAUUCAUCAGUUGGGGGGAAAACUGGAAUAAACCAUCCAUUGGGAAAAAACUUGAUUGGCGCCUUCUUCCAACCACAAUCUGUACUUAUAGACACGGACACUCUAAAUACAUUGCCUGAACGGGAACUGGCUUCGGGUUUAGGAGAAGUUGUGAAGUAUGGGCUCAUCAGAGAUGCAGAGUUUUUUGAGUGGCAAGAAAAGAACAUGCAGGCACUGUUAGCAAGAGACCCAAGUGCCUUAGCAUAUGCUAUCAAGCGAUCAUGUGAAAACAAAGCUGAGGUUGUUGCUUUGGAUGAGAAAGAAAGUGGAUUGCGGGCAACCUUGAACUUGGGUCAUACAUUUGGUCAUGCUAUCGAGACAGGCUUUGGCUAUGGACAGUGGCUCCAUGGGGAAGCUGUUGCGGCUGGAAUGGUGAUGGCAGUUGACAUGUCCCAUCGGCUAGGCUGGAUUGAUGAUACAAUCGUAAAGCGGGUCCUUAACAUCCUGCAGCAGGCUAAGCUUCCAACAGCACCACCUGAGAUGAUGACAGUGGAGAAAUUUAAAACUGCUAUGGCAGUUGAUAAAAAGGUGGCUGAUGGAUUGCUAAGGCUCAUCCUUCUUAAAGGUCCUCUGGGCAAUUGUGUCUUCACUGGCAAUUAUGACAGGAAGGCCCUUGAUGACACUCUUCAUGCCUUUUGCAAGAGCUGAAGCUUUUAACUGAAAAUUCAAGACAAGUUCUUUAUGUACCAAAAUGAUCUGGGAUUAAGUGCUGUUAUUUAAGCAUGUACUUGUCACAUAUACAACUAAAAGAUGCAAGUGAAAAGAUAGUUUUAGGCAAAUUAUUGUUUUUGGGAUGCCAGCAAUGUUCUGAAUUCAUUGUAGUUCCUUUGAAUUAUUUGGAAUAAUUUCUUGAUUUAUAAGAUGUGUUUUUGACAA